CCAACUACACAAACAAGAGGGAGAGAGUUUAUAGAAAGAGGGGGAGAGAGAGGGAGGGGGAGAGAGAGAGAAGAGUCAGUCAUGACCUCUGCUUUGCUGUGAUUGCUCACCCUUCAGCACUGGUCUCCAUCUCCCCCAUAAAGUUCUGAUCUUUCCGAUUUGGAUAUUCAUUUUCCAACCUAGACAAUGGGAGCUCUGUCGGGUCUCCUCACCCGGGUCGGAUCUUGAAGCUUGGUCCUCCCCGAGCAGUCGCCUGUGGCAAAAAGUUGCGAGCUUUGGUGAUCUUCAGGAACAAGGUUACACCUUUCAGCUUCUUCUUGAUCUGCGUUCCUCUCUGCUAGUGGACCAGAAAUGCAGCAGCGUUCGUUAGUUCCUUAGAAGAAGUUCGACUCUUCCGAGAAGGUGAUGAUGAUGGCGACGACGACAAAGUUUGUCUGCAAAUUCUGCAACAAGAGGUACCCUUGUGGCAAAUCCUUGGGUGGCCACUUGAGGUCCCACAGGUUUGGGACCAAUCUGAGCGAGGACGAUUGCAGUAGAGCUAGUGGGAGCAGCAACCAUGAGAAGAGGGAGUUGGGCCCCGAGGUCGGUGGGAGCUCAGGUUACGGCCUCAGGACGAACCCGAAGAAGACGCGGAGGUUCCGGGAUUCGAGCUCUGUUGCUUUUCACCAGCAGGGUUAUAGCAAUGUGUGUAAGGAAUGUGGUAAAGGGUUCCAAUCGAUGAAAGCUCUGUGUGGUCACAUGGCUUGUCACUCUGAGAGGGAGAAGACAAGUGAUUGCUUUGAAGAAGAAGAAGAUGAUGACGACGAUGACGAAGAGGGAGAAGAGGAAGAAGAUGUUACUGAUCAGACUGGUUAUCAGAGUAAGCAGUUUAAACCUGUAGUGGAGAGUGAUCAAUCUAAUGGGUACUCCUCCGUCUCGGAGAUCGAGCAAGAACAAGAAGAAUUGGCUAGGUGCUUGAUGAUGCUAUCAAGGGACGAUCGUAGCCGGCGAAUUCCGAAUUCAAGUGUUUCAUUGGUUCUGGAGUCCAAAUCUUCCCCAAUUCGUGUUAGGGUCAGAGCUGUCGAAGGCCUGAACAGUGCUGGGCACAAUGAGAUUAUGGAGACGAAGAAACAGCAAGGUAGAGAUUGUAAACUAAAAUCAGCUGAGAUUCUCCUAGGUUCCGAUAAAUCUGAUUCUGGGUAUAUGAUGUACGAAGAGCAGAACUCCGACAGCUCCAUUGAUGAGCGCAUAAAGAUCAAAGAAUUGGCCAAGCCCAAAAGGGUGAGAGACAUGACUGAUUUUACUCAUCUGGGAAAGAAACUUGACAAGAAAAUUGAUUACAUGGCUGCAGGUAAGAGAAUCCGAAAUGAUUCCGAAAGUCCCAAGGACGGUCCUUCAUGUGCUGGAGGAAUUGAUUUCGCUCUCAUUGCCAGCAAGCAAAAUCAUCAGUGCAAUGUCUGUUACAAGCUGUUUGACUCUCGCAAAGCGCUCUCGGGACAUAGAUCGGCAUCAUCCUGCUACAGGAAAGUCGAACCUCUUCCUCCUUCUGAGUCCAAUAUGGAUGUAAACAGACAAUGGACCAGCAAGAAACUGAGCAGUGACUUGAAGAAGAAACUUGUCGGCACUAAGAAGAGCUAUAGGCAUGAGUGUCCGAUCUGCUUCCGGGUCUUCAAGUCGGGCCAAGCGCUUGGGGGCCACAAGAGAUCCCACUUCUUGGGAAGUUCGGAAGAGAGAUCAAUGGCCAUUCAUCAGGACAUCAAUAAGGUCCAGGGUCUUAUUGAUCUGAACCUUCCUGCUCCGCUCGAGGAAGAUGGCAACGAGGAUUGCCGGUUCGUGCUGUGCUAGACUGUCCAUUACUAUGGAAGUAUCUCCUUGUUUCUAUUUUUUGAGGCUUAUUAUUUCCAUUUUUAAUUCUUACCGGUUCUUGUUAAAUGGUAGACUUCAACUUGUCAACGUCAGCUUCCCCAUUAUUUCAUUGAAUUCCAAUGCUUUCCUUCCACACAAUGUUCAGGUGCACCCCUUUGAUUGCAGCACAAAGCUUAAGAGUCUAUGCUUCUAAA